CAAUGACAUCGAAAUUAAUUACUAUUUUAAUGCAUGGAUGGAUGCGUUGCUAACUUGACAUUCAUGUAAAGAAAUUGCCAGUUGAUAUUUCAAGAUGGCGACCACAGUUUUGUGGUUAAUUCCUCUGGCUUUUAGAAUUGUUAUUAGUGUAAAUGUUGAGCAAAGUGAGGUGAUACAUCGCCAGCGCUGCUCCAAGGGAGACAAAAUCCUGAACGAUUGCAAUUGGUGCCGUUGUAAAAACAGCGCGUACAACUGUGAGGCCCGGAGCUGUAAUCAAGUCGACGUGUUUGGACAUUUCAACGAUGCCAUACAAGACAUCAACGUAGGCAUGCAAGGUCACGGCGCUUGGCGCUCAACCCCCACGGCCUGCGAGCCCCACGUGCACUACCGCCGAGGCUCCGUGCUCUGCGUCUGCGGCGAGGACGGCGUCUGGCCAAACCCCGUCUGCCGAGACAUCUUCCAAGUACUCCAUGCCGUUGAAGUCGCCAGCGGAAAAACCUGCGACCCCAUGAAACUGUAUCUCCAAGAAUGCAACGUCUGUUUCUGUCCCAGCACGGGACAGUUAGAUCCCGAGCUAUGCACCAAAAAGGAAUGCGAUGAAAACGACCCAGUAAUGAAAGAACGGUCGACAGAAUUAAAGGAGCCUGUAGAUGUUUACGCGGAGUGUACGGUGGAUCAGAAAUACCAACUAGACUGCCAAACCUGCACUUGUCUGAGAAAUAACAGACUCCUGUGCGGAAAUUGUACGGACACGAAAGUAGAAGACCGUUAUUACUGCCAUUCCGAGCCUCCUAAUAAAAUAUUCAAUGUCGAUUGCAAUUUGUGCUUCUGCGAUAGUGAAGGUCGAAUGGUAUGCUCGGCAAAGCGCUGUCUUGGGAAUGUAAGCCCGUCAACAAGAAGGCGUCUAUUGGACAUAGAUGAGCGCUAUUUCGAGUUAGUAGAACGCCCAGUAGCUCUCCACACUUGUAAGAUCGGGACCAAGUAUAGAAAAGGCUGCAACACUUGCGUGUGCUUGAAACAUGAAUCUGGAAAAACCAUGUUCGCGUGCACGGUGAGACCUUGCAAGGAAGAGUCUUUACUGAGAACUAUAAGGGAAGGCUGCGUUCUGUCGACAUCUUACGAAUUGAAUUGUUUAAAAUGUUCCUGCGUUACGGCUAAUGACGAGAAAUGGCAAUGGUGCGAGACUGAAAGCAUAUGCUCGAACGUGAAAAGUGAGAGUGUCGAGUUGAGCAGCAUGCACGGUUACUGCGAGCCGUUGCAUAAUUACGUUAAUGAUUGCAAUAAUUGCCAAUGCCUCUCUGACAGUCAGACAGUAAUAUGUUCCGACUUGAAAUGCGACAAGGCGAGCAUAUCUGUGGAGGUAAUACCGAUGCUGCAACACGGUAUCGACUGCCCGAAAGGAACCGCUUACAAGGUCGACUGUAAUAUUUGUUACUGUUUGCUCAACGGGAAUUCUUUGUGUACAACGCUUGAUUGUAAGAAGCAAUAAAAAGGUAAGAAGGAAUAUUUAAAACUUAUUUUUAAGAAUAAAGUUUCCAAU